CACUUUGCUUUCCAUUCCUCAUGACUUUUGCAUGCCUACAAUUUCAGACAUUGUUUCAUGCUUGAAACAUUGUCGACCUCAACUGAGGCUGCAGAAUAGAUGGAGAAGGCACUCUCUAUUUGUAGACCUACCAUGUGACAUCCUGUUUUGGAUUAUUGCUCAUUGACACCACUUAGUUCAUGGCACAAGGUUUUGCUUUUAUCUACAUGGAGGAUGAGAGAGAUGCUGAGGAUGCUAUCCGUGCACUAGACCGGAGAGAAUUUGGCCGAAAGGGCCGCAGACUACGUGUUGAGUGGACCAAACAAGAGCGUGGCAUUAGAAGACCAGGUGGUGGUGGUGGUGGAGUUGGAGGUGGAGGUGGUUCAAGGAGAUCCUCUACUAAUACAAGGCCUUCAAAGACUUUAUUUAUUAUCAACUUUGAUCCAUAUCAUACUAGGACGAGGGAUUUGGAGAGGCACUUCGAUCCUUAUGGUAAGAUAUUGAGUGUAAGGAUUCGAAGGAAUUUCGCAUUUGUCCAGUAUGAAUUGCAGGAGGAUGCCACUAGAGCAUUGGAGCUUACAAACAUGAGCAAAUUGAUGGAUCGAGUGAUUUCGGUGGAAUAUGCUGUUCGAGAUGAUGACGAGAAAAGAAAUGGGUACAGUCCUGAUAGGAAUCGUGAUAGAUCUCCUGACAGAAAGCGGCGAUCCCCAAGUCCCUAUAGAAGAGAGCGAGGAAGCCCUGAUUACGGCAAUGGUAUUACCCGCAGUCCAUACAGGAGACAAAGGGCCAGUCCUGAUUAUGGCAGUCGUCGUAGCCCAAGUCCUUAUCAGAGAAACAGGGGCUCUCCUGAUUAUGGCCGUGGUCGUAGCCCCAAUCAUAGUCCUUAUAGACGGGAGAGAGAGAGAUCAAGUGACCAUGUUAGGCCCCCUAGCCAUAGUCCCCAUCCUCAUCAGAGGGAAAGAGCAAACGAUGACCGAGUCCACAACCGAAGUCGCAGUCCUUACGGGAGAGAAAGGGGGAGCCCUACUGAUGGACGUGGCUCCAGCUAUAGUCCUCCUCGUGAUAGAGAGAGGUCAAACCCGGACAAUGGUCACGAGCAGCGGCUAAAUACAGCCGCAGAACCUGGGGAUAGCCCCAAUUAUGGUGGGACUCAGAGCCCAAAGCAUCGGGGAUAUAACAGCCCCCAAGCAGAGGAAUGAUGAUCCACAAAAUGAAGUGAUGUUGCUCUCAAUUUGCUCCAGACCAUAUCUAGAUGUAUAAUCAGCAUCUGCACUGCCGCUAAACAUGUACUGUAAGGAUAAUGUUCUGUGAUUUCUGUAUGGUUCUAUCUAUUCUAAGGAUAUGGUGUUAGUUACUAGGGGUUUAAGUUAGCUAUCAGAAUACUUGGCACCUCUGAUUAUCCGUAUUUGACAGACAGUCUUUAUUAACGUUGCUUCUUUUUGCAGUUCUUAACAGUUAAAAUGAAACAUGUUUGUUGUGGAACU